UGAAGAGGGGUCCUUUCCGCCAUGCCGCGUCUGCUCCUUAAGCGUGCGGUGCGCAUGCGCACGCCCUCUCUUUCCGGUGGCGAUCAUGGCGGGCAAAGAAGCAAAGAAGGUGCCAUCGGUCCCCGAAAGCCUUUUGAAAAAGCGAAAGGCUUUUGCAGAUAUAAAGGCUAAGCGUCUGAAAAGACUCUUGGUUCAAAAGAAGCUUCGUAAGGCACAAAGAGAACUGAUCUAUGCAAGAGCUCAGACCUACCACAAGGAAUACAGGAAAAUGUAUAGGCAGGAGAUUCGUAUGGCUCGCAUGGCUCGGAAAGCUGGCAAUUACUAUGUACCCGCUGAACCAAAACUGGCAUUUGUGAUCAGGAUCAGAGGUAUCAAUGGUGUUAGUCCCAAGGUUCGCAAAGUAUUGCAGCUUCUUCGCUUGCGUCAGAUUUUCAAUGGCACAUUUGUAAAACUCAACAAGGCAUCCAUAAACAUGCUGCGUAUCGUUGAACCCUACAUUGCAUGGGGUUACCCCAAUCUGAAAUCUGUUCAUGAAUUGAUCUACAAGCGUGGUUAUGGCAAGAUCAACAAACAGCGUGUUGCUCUCACCGAUAAUUCUCUGAUUGAAAAAUGUCUUGGAAAGUUUGGUGUCAUUUGCAUGGAAGAUGUGAUCCAUGAAAUCUACACUGUGGGUAAAAACUUCAAAGCUGUAAACAACUUUUUGUGGCCCUUCAAGUUAUCAUCUCCUCGAGGUGGGAUGAAGAAGAAAACUAUCCACUUUGUUGAAGGUGGAGAUGCUGGAAACAGAGAAGACCAGAUUAACAGACUGAUAAGGAGAAUGAACUAAAGUGCAGGUGCCCAGGAGCAGACUUUCCAGCUAUGGUCUGUGAAUAAAUUCUUCUGUACACA